AUGGCCUUGCGUGCUUUCGGCGCUGAUGGUACUGGCGGUAUGUUAGCCACUCUCAACGGUCUUAACUGGGCAGUUGCUCAUGGGGCUACAGUAUCAUCUCAUUCAUACACGGCUGAUGGGUCUAGCAGCGUCUUCUUGCAGGCUAUCCAGAACGCUGCCAAAGUCGGACAUAUCGUUGUGGUAGCAUCUGGUAAUGACGGUGUCAAUGUUGAUGAGGAUCCGAGGUUUCCUUGCUCUUUCACCACUCAAGUACCCUCAAUGAUGUGUGUGGGCUCUACCUCGUCCAUUGCUCCGCCUAAGGUAUCCUUCUUCUCGGAUACGGGCUCUGCAGUUAAUAUUGCUGCUCCUGGAGAGAAUAUUGUUUCGACUUGGCCAGGCGACAGAUAUGCUGUUCUGGAUGGCACUUCCAUGGCCACCCCUCAUGUAGCUGGUGUUACAGCUAUGCUCGCGACAUUGGGCUUGAAGGGUCAAGAUUUGACGAAUGCUGUCCUUGGCAGUCAGUCACAAAAGCUCGUGGCAAACGGCACUACUAUGAACUUUGGUGAGCUGGAUGCCCAGAAUGCAGUUCUUAUGUCUCUAAAUACCAGUUCACCCAGUGGAGUUACCACUUCUCCGCCCACCUCGUCUUCCUCUGCUAGGUCUCUAUGCGGUUCAUCGUUCUCUGUGGCUAUUGGACUUGCCUUAGCGAUGAUGUUGUAAUGCCUUAGGCAUUAGCCAGCUUGGUCCUCUAGUGGCGAUUUUGUAUAGCUCGCAUCGUUUGAGACGCUGUAGUUGUUCUCUUG